AUGUCUGAAUCCUGCGGAAGUUGCGCCAUAUUACUACGAAAUAUCCCUCCACCAUACGAUGAGCCAGGCUUAGACCCUCAGAGCCCCGAUCGGCGGUUAUAUUGCUGUGGUCCAUUCUGCCAAAUAUCAUCAGAACCCUCCUGCCUCCCACAAGGCCUUCGAGAUCCCCCCUCCUAUACACCUUUCUCCUCGUCCUCCUCGCAUAAACAAGACGCCGCUUCCGAUCCCAAAGAUCUCCCUGCAUACUCCCCCUCCGAAGUUCCCCAUACUUCGGAUGUUAAAGCGCCUGUAGAAGAUAUCGCCCACUUCCUCGACCACGACGUAGACACCCUCACCUCCGUCGCGUUACGAUAUAACGUUCCUAUAUCGGCCCUUCGACGGGCAAACAAUAUUACAUCCGAUCACUUGCUGCUAGCGAGACGAACGAUAACUAUACCCAGUGAGUUUUAUAAGGGUGGUGUGAGUUUGAGUCCAAGGCCAAUAGAGGGCGAGGAGGAAGAGACCAGAAAGGCGAUUGUGCGAAGGUGGAUGGUGGCCUGUAAGGUGUCUGAGUAUGUACUACCCUUGGCGGCAUUUGUUGGUGGUGAUAUGCCCAGUUUAGGGAAAGAAGGGAAGCUAACAUGGGGAUUUGGAAUGCCGUGUAGUUAUGAUGCUGCGGUGUCGUAUUUGAAGCUGGCUGAUUAUGAUUUGGACAUGGCAAUCUUGUCUUUUAAAGACGAUGAACGAUGGGAGAAGGAACACCCAAUGGAAGGAAGUAUGAAAGUGAGGGAGAAGAUGAAGCAUGUGCUUGGGAGAAGAGUGUUCACAGGUCAACGGUAA